AUGGAGUCUCCCGUGCCGCCUUCGCCCAAGUUGGAGACUCCUGCGAGCUCGCAGAGACCUUCAGAUGCCGACAGCUCUGUCCCUCUGCCGCAGCCCACGAGUCCUGAGAGGGGACCACAAAACCCGCCGCUACUCUCGUCGUCGCCCGCCGCCGUCCCUGGUGAGCAGAGCACGCAAGGACGAAGCAAGGGGGCGAUGUGGGGAAGGGGAAGGGAGGAGGGAAGCGCGCAUGGAGAGAGAAGGGCGCGAUGGAGAGAGAGAGUUAGCAGGGCUGGGAAGGGCCUCUGUUUUAAUCGGCAAGACGACGAGGUGGGCGGCAUGCCUCGUAGCGACGACGGGACUAGAGCGAAGCUCUACACUGAAGCAGAUACGAAAAUGCGAGCCGAAGAAAGUGGAGAGUUGGAGGCAUUGGGCCUCCUUGUCGAGGAGACUCGCACGCGGAUGGCCAGGACGUCGAAGAAGCUGCGCCGGCGUUUUUGGGGUGCAUCCUCGGUCAAAGGCGGGCGAGGGGGCAGGGGAAAGGGGUGGAAUGGAAGCAGUGCGGCGGGACAGAGAGGGGAGAAGGAUGGAAGGCCGACGCAGCGGUUCACGCUCUCGGAGGCGGCGGAGGAGAUCAAGCGCCUCCGCCGGCUCGCCCGCCAAAACAAGCAGGACUUGCAGAAGAAAGACGAAGAGCGCGUGGCCCUGGAGGGUGCCAUCAGCGGGCUCCAGAUGCAGAUCAAGAAACUGAAUCGCGAGGUCGACGCCGCAGAGAACAAGACCAGAGAGAAAGAAAGAGAAAUCAACGACCUGAAGACGGAAGUCCAAACCCUAAACUCGCACCUCGACGAAGCAGUGGAAGACCUGCGCGUGCUGCAGGCGACGUCACUGCCGCUGAACGAAGCGCGGAAGCUCACGUAUAAAGCCCUGCGGAAGGGCCGCGCGCUGGAGUGUCUUGGCGAGCUCUUCUGCCGCAACACGGUGACCAACAAGAUGGUUCGCGAAGGAUUCAACGCGCUGGUCGAGAACGCCCUAGGCGUCCAGCAUCUCGCCUAUCGAGCCGAGCAUGGCGUCGGACCGGGCGUGCAUGCAGCCGUGGACGCCCAGCUGCGGCUGUUUCGCCAGGAACAGCUGCUGCUUCUCGCAGAGAACGAGCGGCUCGCCACUGAGCUGAAAGAAGUUCAGGGCUCGCUCCUGAAGAGACACAUGUCUCUAGAGCUCCUCGCUGACGCCUCCGCAGAAGAGGGAGGUCCGCCCAGUCCGAGUCAGGCGGAGGAGAAGACAGACGGCGGCGUGAGCGACCAGGAGAAAGCAAUUAUCACAAAGAAAGACUCCAAGUUGGAGAAGACGCCCUCCAAGCAGCGGAAACUGCGGCGGACGAUCGUCAGCGCCAGCGCACACCUUGUACAUGCGAUUGUGAAGCAGGCGCAGGCGCGCCUUCUCCACUGGGGCUUGCGGAAACUGGCGUGUUACGCGGCGCACGAAACAAACACGCUGAUCGCGAGGGUCGCGCUGGAAAACGAAAAAGCAAAGCUGAACAACGUGCGAAUCGUCCUCGGCGCGAAGCUCCUCCGCGUCUGCAUUCAAGCUUCCGUGCGAAAGCGAGAAGAAGAAGGUUUUUACCGUCUCUUGGUCAACAGCGCGUUCAAGUCUGAGCAGAAACCUCCAGAGGAGGUCUCGACUUUAGUUCGGAAUCCGUUCCAUGCUUUCCCACUUUACCCCCCACCGCCAGGUGCCCAUCCGAUGCCGGGCGCUGGGCCCGUGCUGGCCCAAGACCCCUACGUGAAUCUGCCCGCGGACGCAGGGUCUCCAGGCCAACUGCCCCCGUUCGUCUGCCAGCCGUACUACUACGGCAGACUGCCGAGCGCGCAGACGCAGCGCCGCGGAAAUGUCUACUUCGCAGCCCCUCCGCCGGCCUCCGCGGGACAAACCGAGCUGAAGCUCCAGGCGCUGAGGCGAACAGCAGGCGUCGAGCCCGUGUAUCGUCCGCGCCCAGAGCUCUCGACGCUAGGCACGCCGGUGCCCGAUCCUGCAGGCAGCCGAGAGAAAUUUUUCUCGGGCUUGCCCGGCGCAGAUCCCAAGACUGAGGCGAGGCAUCGGCGCGCAGAACUGCGCGGCGCUCUUCUGGUGCCGAGCGCGGCGCCGGACGACACGCGCUUGACCGCCGCACAAAUGAACGAUAUGUAUAUCGACAUGCUCCUAGAUGAAGUCGACCAGAGGAACCGGAAUUAA